AGAAUUAAACCCCUCAUGGCCAAACUGGUUAACAAAAACCAGUCCAGUUUCAUUCCUAAGAGACAUAUAACUGACAAUAUCAUUAUCAUGCAGGAAACCAUCCACUCUAUGGCAAGGAAAAUUGGCAAAAAGGGAUAUAUGGUGCUCAAGGUGGACUUGGCCAAAGCAUAUGACAGGAUUGGGUGGGAGUUUCUCCAUGAAACUCUGCAGGCUGCCAGAUUACCUGACUUGUGUAUCAAGUGGAUUAUGGAGUGUGUGACCUCCACAAGCUACCAGGUGCUGUGGAAUGGAGGGGAAACUGACAGCUUUACUCCAUCCAGAGGCCUCAGACAGGGAUGCCCUCUCUCUCCCUACCUCUUUACUCUUUGUAUUGAAAGAUUGAGUCACUGUAUUGGUAGUGAAGUUAAGAAGCACAAAUGGAAACCAGUUAGGCUUUCCCCUGGGGGUCCUGCCCUCUCCCACCUUUUCUUUGCUGAUGACCUGGUCCUUUUUGCUGAAGCCAGUAUUAUUCAAGCUGACAUUGUGAUGGAAUGUCUGAAUAAUUUCUGCCUGGCCUCUGGGGAAAUGAUCAGUAAAGAGAAAUCUAGGGUCUUUUUCUCUAGAAAUGUUAAGAACAAGGAUAGGAAUGAUAUCUGUAAUAGAAUGGGAAUCCAAGCCACUACAGACUUAGGCAGAUACCUGGGGGUCCCUGUGUUACAUGGUAGAAUUACUAAGAGUACCUAUAAGUUCAUACUGGAUAGGAUUGACCAAAAGCUCACUAGCUGGAAAGCAAGAACCCUCUCCUUGGCUGGCAGGGUUACCCUUGCUGUUUCAGUGCUCAAUGCACUCCCAACCUAUGCUAUGCAAACCACUUGCCUCCCUUUAUCCAUCUGUGAUGCUAUUGAUAGGAAGGUCAGAUCUUUUGUUUGGGGUUCCAUUGAGGGCAAAAGGAAAACUCAUCUUGUUGCCUGGGACAAUAUCUGUAAGCCUAAGAGUCAAGGGGGUUUAGGUCUUAAAUCUGCUAGGCAUAUGAACAUGGCUUAUAUGAUCAAGCUUGGGUGGCAUAUGCUUAAUAAUGCCUCUGAUUUGUGGGUUCAGGUCCUGCAGGGGAAAUAUUUUAAGCACCAGGGGGGAGAUAUUACCACUAUGAAAAAAAGCAAUCACUCUAAUCUAUGGAAAGCCAUAGUUAGAGGAAUGAGGCUGAUGAGAGAGGCCACAUGCUGGAGCAUCAGGGAUGGGAGGAACACCCUUUUCUGGAAGCAACCUUGGAUUGAUCACAGCACAAUCCUUGCUGAUUUUGCCACCACUGACAUAAAUGAAGAGGAUCUGGACUCGACUGUUGCUGACUGGGUGACUGAGGAGGGUAAGUGGGACUGGAAUAAACUAGGACAAUAUCUCCCUAAUGAAGUUAUCUUGACUAUUGCAGGAGUUGAUGCUCCUGACCCUGAGCUGGGAGAGGAUGUCACCAUUUGGGGCUUGGAGAAGGAUGGAAGGUUCAGCCUGAAGUCAGCAUACAGGCUGGUGGCUGACAUAGAGGAACAGGAGGAUGAUGGAAGAUGGAAAGCUGUUUGGAAGUGGAGAGGGCCAAGCAGGAUCAAACACUUCCUUUGGCUGGCAACCCAUGAGCGCCUCCUCACCAACAAAGAGAGGGAGAAAAGGAAGCUGACAACUUGCAACUUGUGUAACCACUGUAAUGAAGAAGAAGAAACAAUAGAGCACAUUCUCAGGAAGUGCAAAAAAGCUAAGAGCAUUUGGGAAACGUUCCAGAACAAGGAGUCUACUGUGAGCAGAAGCUUAAACUUCACUGAUUGGCUGCUACACAACAUCAAGUGUGAAGAAACUGCCACAGAGUUUGGGAUCAUCUGUUGGCAACUUUGGAAGCAAAGAAAUGAAGAGGUGAUGGAAGGGUGUGCAUUCAAGAAAGAGAGUGUCACAGCUAAAAUCAAAGCAUGGUUCAAUAUAGUGAAUCAAGCUCAGGCCAACCAGCAGAAGACAGCAGGUUUUGUCCCAAAGAAGAGAACCCCCUGUGAUGUUGGAUGGAAACUGCCAGAGGAAGGAUGGAUUCAACUACAUUCUGAUGGCUCCUUUCAUGCUCAGAGUGGGAAAGCAGCAGCAGGAGGUUUGUUCAGGGAUCACCUAGGUAGAUGUUUGGGCGCCUAUGUGUGUAACUUUGUGUAACUUUAGACGAUGCUCAAUCACUGCUGCUGAGCUGCGAGGAAGCCUGGAGGGUUUGAGGAUUGCUUGGAAGGCAGGCUAUAGGAAGAUCGUUCUGCACAGCGACUCUACCACUGCCAUUAAUAUCAUUAAACACAGGAAUGAUGAUGUGCAUCGCCAUGGUUCAACUGCCAGGCAUUUGAGCUGUAUUUUGGAUCGACAAUGGGAGGUUAGAGUGUCCCAUGUAUAUAGAGAAGCGAAUUAUGCGGCUGAUUACUUGGCCAACAAGGCUCAUGAUUUUGAUUUUGGCACACAUCAUUUCAAUGUGUGUGAUAGAGACUUGAUUAGGUGGAUCAACCAUGAUGUAAUGGGAAUCUCCCAUGAAAGAGCUAUUAUUAAUACGAAUUAGACGCUCGACGUCUGUCGUUUUACCCAAAAAAAAGAUGAGAAGAAUCUUUCCUCCCAAACACAAAACGAACGUAGGACCCAUCCAAGACAAAAACAAAACAAGAAAAUGAGUGGAUGGGUGCCACAAGGCAAAGAAUUCUUGCUAAUUGCAGAGCCUUUUGGCCACACUCCUCAGUCCUCUUCUGGGCAUUUGUCGGCAAUUUUUCACCGCAAUUUACACCUACAACCGAUUUCUUGCGAUUAAAACGAAGAUCUCAUAUCAUGGUAGGACGGGAACUGAAUAAUAACAUCUUAUGCUGAGACUGGAGCGAAUGCGAAUUUGAGUAUGAAAUUGUCAUUCCUACAACCUGCUAGCUAGUUAAAGACGCUAGCUUUUGUAGUUGUCAUUCUCUUCUGCCCUUUUUCUUCAGAUAUUCUCAUAAUCGCAUAGCAUUUUCUUUUGUUCAUGUCGUGGGUUAAUGGCUUUACAGCCUAUUCUUAUUCUCUGAAAAGCUGGGAAGUGGGAACCAUGCCAUGCAUGGAAUAGGAGGCAAAGAGGAGCUUUCAGUUUGGGAAAAAGGAUUCCUAAUGUACUAUAUAGCCUUCAAUUAUGAAGAGAGAAUGAUUCUCUUUCAGCACAAAGAAUCUGAACCAAGAAGAAAGAAAAGGAGUUGUAGCACUCAAAAAGUUUCUGCCUUAAAACAAGGAUUGGAAUUAAACAAGCUUUCUUCUCUUCUCUUACAAGCUGAUAAAAUUCAUUUUCACUAUGCAUGUGCAUGUGCUUUGCCCAUACUUGUUGAUUUCAGUGUAGAGAUAUAUUCCCAUUCCAUGUGACAAUGUGAUCCUCAAAAUCUGGGAAAAAAAUUAGAAUGAAAGAAGCAAAUGAGGGCCUCAUAAAUGCAUCUCCUACAAUUUGUUCUUCAUAGUGACGAGAGAUCUUGCAUUCGAGAACGAAAAGUGUAGUGACAACUGAAGUUUCCUGUGAUUCUUAUAAUUAGAGUGUCUUGAUGUUCGAUUAUUAUGCUGAUAAGAUCAUUAUAACCUACAAGUAUGAACUAACGUACUGUUCGAUCCAACAUAAUCACCACCAUAUCAAUCCAACAACCAAAAACACAAGAAAAGACGAUUUAACUGUAUCAACCGAAUAAUAAUCACACAUGAUCUAUAUAUACCAUCAUAAUAGCUUAAUUCGUUUUUCCAUAGAUUCCACUCUUUGGUUUUCAUUUAUGUACCCACACCACCAAACAAAACAAGCUUAAUAGGAUUGGUCCAUCAAAAGUGACAAUUAAGUUGAUGAGAUCAUCCCCAUUUUCCUAUAAAAAAAAACCUUGAUGCAUGGAUCUACCUACCUUUCAUAAGUUUGUAUCAAUAAUAUUUUCUGAAUAUUCAAGAAUAUACAACCUUUUUUUAAAGUCAUAAUCCAAUGUGUUACAAGGUAGUUGGAGAUUGGCCACAGCAAUAACAGUCCCACACGAUAGCAUUAUUAAUUAUCUGGGAUCAAGUUUUAAGGGUUUAAGUUGCCCCUCUAAGAUUCCCAAGGGGCCAUUGAAUCUCUCUCUCUCUCCAUUCAAUCUCCAAUUCGCCGCGUCUAAUCAUCUCAUAAUUAACAUGGUUAAUCGUUAUUAUAUGGCCUAAUCAAUUGAUUAAUGACGGGGCUGAUCAGUAUGGUUUCUUAAUUAAGUAUAGGAUUCCAUCGUGAUUAAGUGAUAGUUGUACCAAUACUGUUGGUCUAGAGAUAGAUGAUGGAAUCCACAUUAUGCAGUCAAAUCUGGCUCUUGGUUGGGGGUUAUGAUUUUGAUAAUGAUGAUUGGGGUUAUGAUUCUCAACCAUUAACAACACAAAAAGGAUAGAUAUCGCGAGGCGUCGAACUGUGUACAUUAAGUACCAACAACCAUCUCUGUAGGUGUUAGACUCUUACACGGGGGGCGAGCUUAUAGGUGUUCGGUUAAUGAUUAAUGGCAGACUUUUGUGUACGGGUAUUCAGUGUGAAGUGUAAUUAUAUAAAUCUCGAAAAAUGGAGAAAGUUUGUUGGGAGAGGUUUAAUAUAGAGAAAAAGAAGGUAUAUACAAUGAGAUGAAGGAGAUAAUUAUCGAAGUCGAGAUGGAAGUCCAACGACAAGACAUGCAUGCAUGUCUCGAUAAGCAAAGCUUCACGGAUGAAACGAAGUUGUUCAAUAAUGAAUCUUAUAUACUAGCUAGAUAGUUAUCAGAUUAUGAUUUUUAUAGCUAUCGAAUGCCUAAAUGUCUUGUGGUGAGACGAGUUCAAUCCAAAUAAGUCGAACAGUUGGAUCAAAUAGUAAAUAAAUUUUAUAUAUUAGUUCAGAAGGAAUUUGUAUGAUUCAAAAUAAGAUACAAUUGGAUGAUGAGAUCAAAGUUUUGUAGGAGAGGUGUGAUCUCAUUGCUCAAAGGAAAAGCAACAUAGCCUACUUUUGUUGCUUUAGAGGAAACAAUCUCCACAACAGAGCAUUGAGCUAAGCAAAAACAAUUCAAACCGAAUUUACUUUAUUUUUAAUUAUUAUAUACAAUUGAUUUAGUAGACCAUUUGGUUACAAAAUUAUAGUUAUAUAGUAAAUUAAUCACCACAGCAUUGAUAACAUCAGCUAAGCUAUAUGUGAAUCAGGGGAAACCACACAAUCUACAAUUAAUUAAUUAUAAUACAAAUUAUCAAGCCUCUUAACACGAUUUUUUCAAUAGAUGGUGGGCCGAUGCUAUGUCAUUUUGAUGGAUGCAUUUUAUUAAUUAAUCAAAUGAAUAAUAUUAUAUUAUAGCCGACCUGUUGGAUAUAAGCAAGUUGUGGUAAAUGGUGAUGUGAAGCACAGAGUUAUCCGAAUUUGAUCUUGUAAUUAGGAAAAAAAAAUUAGAAAAUUUACUUAGCUUGUUCUAUAAUGACAAGUGUUUGGUUAUAAUUAGCAAAAAAAAAUUAUUGCAAGUGUUAAGGAAAUUAAUUAAAGGUGUUAUCCACUCAUCACAUAAUAAUUAAUAAUAAUAUUGGAAGUCUUUGAUUAUGAUAUAUAUUUAGUAGUUGGUUUACGUGUGUUUUUCAUCUGAAAACUAUUCGAACCUUCUUGAACUCUUAGUUGGGUCCAAACCGCACGUUCUAAAUAAUCAAAGAUGGUACAAUAAUUAUGUGGGUGAUCACUAAGGGACUCGAGCGAUCAUGUUGGUUAUUUCUGGCGAUCCUUUCUAAUAUACGUUGCUUUAAACA